CAUGCGCAAUGUUACGUUUCUAUGAUAGCGCGGAAGGAGGAAAAAAUGUUACCUCUGGUUGACACUGUUCUUAUCUGGUAUAUAUAAAAUUGCCAGUACAUCAGCGGUGAAACAACUAUUCUGAAAUUGAAAGUGGAUUUAGUGAAAGCGAUCUAAAAUGAAAGGCUCGACAUGUUGGAUUGGUUUGCUGUGGAUAGCUUCAUCUGUUCAGCUGUACCUAGCAGACAUACCCCCACCCCACGAGGUGUUCAAAUGUGCCCAGUGCCAUAAGGCGAACCAUAUUGCCGACUGUUCUGGAGUGGCUGUAUGUAACAAGGCCACGGAAGUGUGUUAUGUGGAGGAGGAGACAGAUAUUGGCGGAGAGACAGUUGUGAAUGCUGGCUGCCGCCUAAAAGAGCACUGCGAUGGAAUUGGCUGUUUUAAUGAAGUAGGGGGAACACGUGAACGCCGUGACGUCUUGCAAAGGCUUCAAAGACGUGACGUUACAGAGCUGACAACGCCUGAUUUUCUUACACGUGACAUUACAUGUCACCAUUGUUGUGAUGGGGAAUUCUGUAAUAUGUAUGGUUGUCCGGAUAAAUAUGACGUCACACACCUCCCGGGACAACGUUGUUUUUACUGUAACCACGUGAGCCAUCCACACCACUGUACUAACGCCAUUAACUGCGAGCCAGAUCAUACCUGUUUUUAUGAGAUGCUGCAAUUCAAUGGGGACACUGAAUACAACGUCGGUUGCCAUAGUAACCAGAUGUGUAAAAUACUUGAGACGAUACAUGGCCAAGGUCGAAAGAAACGAGAAAUCCAGGUAGAAUCAUCUGAUAGAAGUUUACAAGACCUGCUGCACAGAAGGAAGAGGAGUUAUCACCCAGUGUAUGCCGAGUGCUGUCACCACCAUAUGUGUAAUGGACAUCUACCGCUUUUGAAAGCCCCACCUUCGAUGCACUCAGAUAAAUACCGGUGUCCAAUAUUUGGCGUCAACAACACUUGGAUAUCGACCUCACCACCAACUACGACCACCACUACAGAACCUACGACUACGACUCUACCACCGGAACCUACUUGCGAGGACCUGGAAGAUUGUGCUGUCUACGGUUACGACUACGCAUGCACAGGAAAUUUCGAUAGCUGGGCAAAAGUCAACUGUAGGAAGUUUUGUGGCUACUGCACCGCUGCAACUACCACACCAGUAGUGACGCCCACGUGUGAAGACCUUGAAGACUGCUCCGUCUAUGGCCACGACUACGCCUGCAGUUCGCAGUAUGAGGAGUGGGCGAGGACAACAUGUCCGAAAUUCUGUGGCUAUUGUACUGCACCCCCUACCAAUACCACAUGUGAAGACCUUGAAGAUUGCUCCCUGUAUGGCAAAGACGUCGCCUGCAGUGCUGAGUAUAAAGCCUGGGCGAAAAUAACGUGUCCGAAAUUCUGUGGCUACUGCGGGCAAGACAACAAGCCAGUUAUGAUGCGUCGAGCGGCCCACGAUACAGCUUACUCAGUCCGAAAUGCAUCGCCUACUGCUAUGAAAACACCAGUUCCGGCAAUGGUCGUCUUUACGACCAUGCUUGUGAUGUUUGGGGUUGUUUAAAAGAUUCUGAGACUGUUAAUCAGAUACACACGUGCUUAUGAGUUAUAAGCAAGAAACAUAUACAAAAUUUAAUCUACCAUUAAUUACAUGAUUUGAUUAGUGUUUACUUUCACCAAAUGUUUUGACUUGUAUUCAAAGAUGUAUUGAAACAAUAUUAAAUAAAAUAAUAAGCUUGACAA